ACUUGAUAUGGAAGAUUAUCAACCAUGAAUAAAGUCUAUUCUUCACACGAAAAGAACCCUUGGCCCUUUCCUUCUUCCUUGUUGUAACCCUUUGUUGUUGUUGUUUCUAAAAUUAGGGUUUUCAGUUUAAAGCUUUGCUGUUUUAGAUAUGGGCGGUGGAGAGAAGAAUACAGUGAGGAGCUUCCAUUUACACCUACCGAAUCUUCAUCAUCAUCAUCAUGGGAAGAAGCAAGCAAAGGGUGUGCCGAAAGGGUGUUUGGCGAUCAAAGUAGGGUCGACCGAGGCGGAGCAAGAGAGAUUCGUGGUGCCGGUUAUUUACUUCAAUCACCCAUUGUUCAUGCAGCUGUUGAAAGAAGCCGAGGAGGAGUACGGGUUCGACCAGAAGGGCACCAUCACCAUCCCUUGUCACGUGGAGGAGUUUAGGAAUGUUCGGGGCUUGAUUGAUGGCAAGAAAUCCCUUCUUCAUCAUCAUCACCAUCAUCAUCAUCUUCAUGUCGGUUGUUUUAGGGUUUGAUGAUGAAAAAAAUUAUCAGCAGAUGAAAAAGAAGAUGAUGCAAUGAUGACGAUUAAACGUUCUUUAUAAUUGCAUUUCCCCACGUAUAUAUUUGUUUUGGAA